GGAGAGGGAGACACGAUUUGAUCGUGGCCACCCGGGAGGAACGGUGGGUUUCGACAGGUACGAAUCGUAUCACCAGUCUCAUGAUGGGACUGACGGAUUAGUUUUCCGGGCCAAACCCUCAACCAUUGAAUUUCCAAAAUUCAAUGGUCAGAAGGAUGCAAGACUAUGGUUGUACGCAGCUGAGCGGUGGUUCAAAAACCACCCGAUACAGGAAGAGCGAAAGGCGCACCUGAACUCCUUUUACUUAGAAGGAGAGGCGAUAUAGUGGUGGGAGUGGAUUGAGAGGUCAUAUGCUGCGGCGGAGACCUUGAUCACAUGGCCAAUGUUCCAGGAGGAACUCCGUUACCAGUUUGGUAAAUUGAAGGGAUGGGCUCCUGAGCAGUUGGGCAAGUUGAAGCAAACAAGGACUGUUGCAGAUUACCGGUCAUAGUUUCUCAAGCUGGGCAACCAACGUAGAGUGCCCGAGGACACGCUAGUGGGGCUGUGUAUGGCGGGAUUGAAGCCCGAGAUUGUUGCGGCAGUCCGGGUCUUCGAGUCGGACUCCUUGAAGUCUGCCUUUCAUCUUGCAGGUCAUAAAGAGGAGGAGCUCGCGAGCUGGAGGAGCACCAUGGGCCGCUACCAGCGGCCGAGCGGGGGUGGAAGUGGCAGCGGAACUGGCGAAGGAGGAGGAGGAUCGACGGUCGGGGCGGGCGUCAGUGUCAUAGCUGCCACCACUGCUGGCGUGACUCUGGUGGCUAAAGGCGAGUCGAGACAACCGCCCAAGGGAUUUUUUCGACUUUCUCCUGCAUAGAUCGAGCAAAAGAGGUGGGAGGGAAAGUGUUUCAAUUGUGAUGAGCGGUUCAUGGUGGGACACAAGUGUGCAUGACCAGACUUGAUGAUGUUGGUCGGAAGGUGGGAGGACGAGGCUGAGGCGAGCGGAAAGGGCGAUGAGGUGGUGGACUGACAACCUUGUGGACAAGGUUGUUUCGAAAGAAGCGGGAAUGAUAGAAACUUGCUAUUUUGGUUUUGCACUUUUGGACUGAUUUAUUGGGUUUUAUUGUGUGGGCUUUGAUUGGUUAUUUUGGGAUAAUGCGGGGAUUAAUAAGUUGGGGUAGUUAUAGAAAAUUGUGCUUUCAGUAUUUAUACUAUGUGCUACGUAGAGAAGAGUAAGCAAGAUUAAACCUAAAAGCAUUCUCCUAAUCUCUCUCUCCCACUCUCUCUACUACCUCUACCGACCCCUCUUCCAACCUCCCCUUGCUGCCGAGCAGCCUUUUGCUUCUUCCUUCCAUCCUUCCAAUUCCCUACUACUACUACUUCUUCCAUUUCCACAAACCCUACGGAUCAAAAUUCCAUUGAUCCCUCGUAUUCCAAUCCCUAGAUAGAACUCGAUUCACCGGGUUCUAUCACUGUCUAUCAAAUGUUUUGUAUUUUUUGUGUAAUUUUGCACCAAUGAAUAAUCACCUUUGCUAGACUAGUGCGUGGCUGGAAUGGAGCGUGCAAUGGUAGGUUUUAAAGCUAAAAUCCCUAAUUCAGAUAAAAGAUAUGGUGCAUAUUUUCUUCCAUGAAUAAAUACUAUUUUCUAAUCUAGACAUUUCUAUGCCAAUAAAGUAUUUCAAUUAGCCAAGGUGUUUUAUAGUGAAAGUAUUAUCAAGAUGUUACUUAACCAUUCUGAUUUCAAGAAGGCAAUUUCCUAUUAGAAUGACAUUGUCAACAUAAACUAAGAGAGCAAUAAAGGUGUUUCCUGUAUGUUUAGUAAAUAGUGAGUAGUCACUAUGUGAUUUGUGAUAUCCCAAACAAACUUUCUAAAGUAGUGGUUAGCUUUGCAAAUCAUUAUCGACUAGUUUGUUUUAAUCUAUAUAAGGAUUUGGUUAGGGUGGUUUUGGUUAUUAUAAGAAUUUGGGCAGGGUGGUUUUGGUUAUUAUUAUUAGUUAUUUUCAGAGCUACUAUUUAAGGAGGUGAAACACAUUUUGGGAGGAUUAUGAAUAAAUCAAAUUAUUGAACCCAAUCCCUAAUUUCCUCUUUCAAUUUCCCAAAUUCCCAAUUCUCAAUCUCUAAUUCUUCUUAUAUAUCUAUCACUCACUUGUGGGCAAUGAACGGUUUUUCCUAGAGGGGUUAGUUAAAACCGAAGUUUGAGUGUGAGAGAAGAAAGUUCAGAGUUGCAGCUUCAUACACUAUUCAAGAGGUGGCGGCCUCUUUACAAGAGGUAUGUUCUCUUGUUAAGCUGUAUAAGCAUUGCAGAUCUGAAAUGGGGUAGUGGGUUAGAUUAGACCAAAAUUGAAAUAACGUAUCGAAGAUUGUACCGGAAAAGUUAACGGUAAGAUAUUUUAUGCUAAAACCAUGAUUUAACCAUAGUUCAACCAUUUUAUACUGCGUAUUGGUUUAGCCUCCGUUAGAAGAUUUUUUCUGAUUGAACCGCCUAUAAGGUAUUUCAAUCUUUGGAUUAGACCAACGAAUCUCUCUAUUCACUUCUUCAUCUUUGCUGGGAAUUUACCUGGUGGGCUCCUGAUAAUGUCUAAGAAAAACUUGUGUGGAAUAGACCGACAAGCACACAAAAGAAUAACAACACUGCAGUCUGAUGGCCAAAUAUGCAUUAGCAGGUCCCUUUAUCAAUCAUGCCAAGAGGCUCAAGCAUUCAAAAUCAAACAAUAGGGCAAGUACUUUCCCAACUAAAAUCAUGGAAGGAAUGAUAGCCCUUGUAAUUAUGACUCGAGUAGAGGUCAACCCACAAAGACAAAUCCAGAUUUGAAUCUCAGGCCUUCAGCAUAGGAUUCCCAAGCACUUUUAACAAACAUUCACUGCAUUAUAUUCAAGUUCUGCUAUGAUUACCAUAAAAAAAAAAAUUAGAUAAAAACGGUGCCUACAACAUAUUGCAUUCUUCUGCAAGCUAGCUUCAAAUAUAUAGGUUCUCAUUUCAAUUGCAAAACCUACACAAUCUCACAGGCUCAACAUGAGUAGCAAGAUUCUCAAAUUCCUGCUCUUAGCAUGCCCUCUGCUCUUUGCUAUACAACACGGGCUAUUCACCAUUACGAGGGCUCAAGCUACUGGUUCAGGCAAGCCCCUUCAUCCUUUCUGGCCCUUUUCUAGCCAAAUCUAGCAAAAUGCUUCAUCUGAAAUCACCUCGUCUUCUACAUUACAAUACAUUACAAAACUCAACUACAAAAGCAGCUUCUUACUCAAUCAGAUAUGUAUGUGGAACUUAAACAGAUACUUCAAAGUUUCUCACGUGUACUAAACAUUACUCAUAUGCUGCAUCUUCUAUCACAGAUCGCUUUAGAAUCAAGGCUGCACAAUUCAGCUCCAGUUCACAAAGGGAAGCCGCACCACGUUGGGUAAGCCAUCCAGUCACCUCUCACCCAUGAAUGUUCAGACAAGUUUUACUAACAUAUUUUUAUGGCAUAAACCAGGUUGGAGACAAGAGGGUUUGGAAAGCUCCAUCCGGGCCUAACCCAGUUGGCAAUCACAGUCCGCCCACAAAGCAGUAGAUCAAUGGAUGCACUUCCCUAGCAAGUAUACAUAGUAACUAUUCUUGUAAGGUAGAAGGUAAGAUGAUGCAUUAAUUAGACAGCAAGUGUUGAUCUCUAGGUUUCGUGCCUGUAAAUUAGUGGAAUUUAUUUGGAAACAUCAAUGUCAGAGCAAUUGUGUAAAAUGCAGGCCUGUCUAGAUGAUGCAGCAUAAUUUUCUUUUUUUGAUUGGUAUAAGAUAAAUAGAUUUCAUUAGGGUCGAAGCAUAAUAGGGCUUUCUACGUCCUUCCUCAAGGAAAGUAAUUUUUGAGCUCCAGCUUGUUGGUGGAAACAUACUAGAGAAGCAAGUGGAAUUCCUAAAUGAGCUUGUUUUCCUAGACUUACUAUCAAAUAGAUGAAUCAGUUAGCGGACUAAUCAUGUAGUUUCAGGGACCGGGAGGCAUUAUUGUGCAGAGAAUGUAGAAUUGAGUGAAUAAGCACCAAGUCCUAAUGGAAGGCUAAGAUAAAUAGAGAAAGAAAGUACAAGGCCCUUG